AUGACGCCAGCAAUAUCAUCAUCCCCAGCCGCCGCCGCCGCUGCACUCGCUAAUGUCCCUGCAGCGGCUGGAGGCAUCUAUAUCCCUCAAGCAUAUUCUUUCUUGAGCCCCGAAACUUUUGAAACCCUUGUAGAAGGAUACAUUAGCCAACUUCAUGUCCGUAAACGCAACAAGGCCUUGAUCAAUCAGCAAUUAGCUAAUGAUUGUCUAAUGGUCCUAACCAACCCCGAGAACACUGCGAUCUUUAAUCCCAAAUUUCGAUGGUGGGUUCGCAAGCAUUUUGUGUUCACAGUCGUGGGUGAGCUAAGGAUCUUGAUGGACAAGAAGAAUGGGAAACCAGUGUGUGUACGCGAACAGCUAUACGACAAAGUUUGUUAUUUCCAUCAUAUCAUUGGACACGGAGGCCGUGACAAAACUUUCGCAGCAAUCACAAAAUCGUACUCGAAGGUCCCUGCAGAACUGGUUUCACUAUUCACAAAGAACUGUCAGACUUGUUUG